AUGCCGCAAGAUUCGAUGUGACGGAUAAUCUGAAAUUUUUGACAAAACUUUUGAGAACUAAACAAGGUCUUACUUAAUAUAAAGAAGAAAUGUACCAACCUGAAUGGAAUCUUUUACUCCAUAGUAGGACCUUUACCCAGCCAUAAUUGGCGCACUGUAACCACAGCCAGAAGUUAAACUCCGAACGCCCCUCGCCACCGCUGUUGGACGGGCGUCCGGCCGGCGCGAGCGAUCGUACUUCACCGACCAGACCACCACCAUGGCCGCACCGCCGUCGUGGCAACGGCACGCAGCUGCUGCCGUCGUUGUUUCCGUGUCCCUCCUCAUCCUCGUCGUAGCGCCGUCGUCCACCACCGCUAUCGGCGUCAACUACGGCACCAAGGGCGACAACCUCCCGCCGCCGGCGACGGUGGCGUCGUUCCUGGCCAACCGCACCCGCAUCGACCGCGUGAAGCUGUUCGACACGAACCCGGACAUGGUCCGCGCCUUCGCCGGCACGGGCAUCGCGCUCAUGGUCACCGCGGGCAACGGCGACAUCCCCAAGCUCGCGACCAAGGACGGCGCGGCGGCGUGGGUGUCCGCCAACGUGGCGCCGUACUACCCCAAGACGGACAUCUCGCUCGUCCUCGUCGGGAACGAGAUCAUGGACACGGGCGACGCGUCCCUCAUCUCCAACCUGGUGCCCGCCAUGCGCGCGCUCAGGGCGGCGCUGGUGGCGGCGGGGUUCCGCAAGAUCCGCGUCUCGACGCCGCACUCCCUGGGCAUCCUUGCCGGCGCCUCCGAGCCGCCGUCGGCGAGCCGGUUCCGCGACGGCUGGGACCGCGCCGUGUUCGCGCCGAUGCUGGCGUUCCACCGGCAGAGCAGGUCGCCGUUCAUGGUGAACCCGUACCCGUACUUCGGGUACAACGGCGCGACGCUCCCCUACGCGCUGGCGCGGCCGGACAACAAGCUGGGCGUGACGGACCCCGGCACGGGCAUCACCUACACCAGCAUGUUCGAGGCGCAGCUGGACUCGGUGUACUCGGCGAUGAAGAAGCUCGGCUUCGACGACGUGGAGAUCGCGGUGGGGGAGACCGGGUGGCCAACCAAGGCCAUGGACGGGCAGAUCGGCGUCAGCAACGCCGACGCGGCGGAGUACAACCGGUACCUCAUCGGCGAGGCCGGCGGCGGGUCCGGCACGCCGCUGAUGCCCAAGCGCACCUUCGAGACGUACAUCUUCGCGCUCUUCAACGAGAACCUCAAGCCGGGCCCCGUCGCCGAGCGCAACUUCGGCCUCUUCUACGCCAACCUCACGCCGGUGUACGACGUCGGCCUCAUGAAAGACGGGGUGAAGACAGGGGCUGCGCCGGCGCCGGCGCCGGCGCCGGCAGCUACGGUGGCGUCUGCCCCUGAAUCCAAGGCUGCCAAGAAAGAUGAAGUGGAGGCGGCCGCGGCACCUGAAGAGACGGACGCGUCCGCGUCGACGCCUGCGCCGUCGUCCGUGGAGGACGAAGGUUCAUCCGAGGCCACCGGACCGUCGCCGUCGUCAGAGAAGGGUGAUUCGACCGACGAAGACAAGACGACGGAGGAGGAAGGAGGGGAUGCGCCGCCACCGGCGGCGGCAGCGGCCAGCGGGCAUGCCGAUGAGUCGUCGGAGACAGUAGCAAAGGACGGCGAUGCUGCUGGAGGCGGUAAAACGCCGGCGCCGGCGGGUGCAGAGUCUCACGGCGGCAACCUCAGAGUCCCCGUCUCGUCCGUCCUUACAAUUGCUCUGUCGUCUCUAGCUCUUGUUGGCAUCUAACCUCUCUUCUUCGUUUCGUCGGCCGUAUCACUGUGACGAUAUGUUUAGUAUACGUAGCUGAGCAUGCUGUAAGUAUAUAUUGAUUGACGAUGGUUAGCUGAAGCUAUUAAUUAAAAUUCUAAAGUAUGCAAAUGGCAUGUUGUCCGUUAUUCGAUAAAUUGUUGUUUU